AUGGCUCAACCUUUGCCUGUAUCCUUUACAGUUAAGACCAAUUUUGCUUGGUCUGGUGAGAAGAAAGAUGAUCUGGGAUUCUUGGAAGGGGACUAUAUUGAUGUUACAAAAGUUGCCGGUGAUUGGUACUACGGUAGACUGAUAAGAAACAAGAAGCAGGGCUACUUUCCCAGUAAUUACGUGACAAUCCUGGAAGAAAAGUACAAUAACCAUGUUCCAAGUAAACAAGCGAUCCAACAACAACAACAGAAGAAACAACAGCAUAAACAGAGGCUACCGUACCGUGAGGAGGAAUUGGCAUCCAGAUCCUUUGAGCGGUACCCGGGCCAUACUUCUUCAUCGCCUAAUAUCAGAAACAACGUUGGUUUUAGCUUAAGGAAGAGUCAUACCAACGAAGAACUUACUACAUAUUCUCAAGGGAAACGAUUUAGUGCUGAUGUUAUACCAACAGUUCCAGAGUAUGGGAAUAGGAAGUAUGUGGUUUCACAGUCAUAUUCUACAUCAAAUCUUGCCAGUGUUAAUAAUAGAUCAGGGAGAAGUCGAGAUAUACCGAGCCAACCUCCCCUACCUCCAAUUCCUAAAUCUCCAUCUAUGCCAAUGUUCAAUAAUAACAUGUCAUCUAGACAUUCAUUUCAAAGUAUGUCAGAUAGAUCAACAGACUCUUUCGGGAAAUACUCAAAUACAAAGUAUAUGGAAGAUUCACUGGCUAGCAGCGAGGAAAGCUUUGCAAUAAUGAGUGAUUUCAGUGCCACAAGUGCUGGAAGCUUUGCUAGACACAACCUUGCUAGGUCAUUCCAGGACUCCCUUGAUCGUUCCAUAGUCAGUGAAAGCAAAGAUACCACCGGUAAUGGAGCAUCCUCAGGCGGCCAUCCCUUGAAAGAGAGCAAAUUCGGAGAUAUGUUUAAAAAAUGGUUACCAAAGAGUAACAAUGACUAUAACAAUGGGAACAAGGAUUAUCCAAAACUACCCAACAUCCAAAACUUGAAUAUCUCAUCAAAUAAUCACGAUGCUAACAGCUGGAUGGAAGCAGAGGCCCAGUUGAGAAGAGCAGUUACCAUUACGGCCAAUGAGAGAAGAGAAAGAGGAAUGAGAGCAACUUCCAAGAACGUCGAUCUCCUGUUGUACCCGCAUUCCGUCGUGAAUAAGGACCUAUACUCUAAUGAAGUACUACAUACUCGUCAACCUGGUAUUGUAGAUGAGUUCCUAGCUGCAGCUGAUUUCAAGAAAGUGGAUAGGUCGGCCAGACAACUUUUCAAAGAAAAAUUGCCAGCACAACUAUCUGUGGAGUCAUUUGCACAGUACAGCUUCCCAUCACAGUACUUUACGCCAUUGGAACAACUACGUGGUCUUUUCACAUUCUGCACAGAGCUUUUCAGAUUGAUCGAUGAUAACGGGAAGACAGAUUUCAACAAACCGCCAGAAAACUUGGAAAAAGUGUUGGAAAGAAGAUACUGUACCCCUUACGAGCUAACAUGGCUAUUCAAGAGAAUGUCGCGGGCCUUGAAGAUAAACAGUGAGAUCGUAUUUGGGUUCUUGAAAACACCUCACGCAGACAAUACCACUUUCAAAUUGAACCACUGUUGGUUACAGGUGUGUUUUUAUGAGGAAUGGAGGUUUGUCGACGUUAUUUUGGGCAACGUGACCAACCCAAUUCACGAAUACUUGAACAACAAGCCAGCCAAGCGUUGCGAAUCUUUCUAUUUCCUCACAUCCCCAAUGAAUAUAAUCAACACCCAUGUGCCAAGAGAGUACUCGAAACAGCAUAUUGCUCCAGAACUAGACCUAAACAUUAUAUUGAGUCUGCCGGUUGUUUUCCCAUCCUUUUUCAAAAACAGGCUCAGACUUUACAGGUUCAGCAACGGUCUUUGUGACCUCGAGGACAACGAAAUCUUCGAGUGCACCUUGCGCAUCCCCAAUGACAUCGAGGUCUUCUCCAAUGUUGUCGUAGACGGAGACAACUCACUCGAGUACAGAACCAUGAACCUGUCAUUGGUCCAAGUCCUAUCACAUAACAAACGUAAUGCCGUCAUCAAAGCGGUCCUCCCACCAGGUGCAUCCAAGGGCACACUCUACAUCCACUCGGGUGUCAAGGGAACCCAAACAUCUAUCGAAAACGUGCAUCCAAUCUCCAUGAUCGUACCUCUGACAUCCAGUGGAACAUCUUCCAGUUUCGAAUUCGUGUCCAGAAUCCCAUCCGAGUCCGUACAAAGAGUCGAGAUAUACAUCAAGGAGCCCCAAAACAAGUACUUAUCGUGCAAGAGAAAGUACAAAUUCGAAAUAAUCCAGAAUCCUGCUGACGGUAUCAUCCAUCAGUCCAUGGAGCGGAACCUCAGCCGCUCAAUGCUAAUUCUGUCUCCUUCAGGCAAACACUACAAACUAUCUAAGAACGAUCCACAUCUGCCAUUCGGUACUUGGAGCGCACCUAUCGAGGUUAACGAGACUGGACGUUGGUCCGCCAUGGUGACGUCCGAUACCGGAUCUGGAUGGUGCGAGUUCGCUCAAUGGGAGAGCAGCUAG